CACCCUCCCCGGUGCUCGGCCAUUCUGCGCCUGCGCGGGAGAGUGGGGAGGCUCGGGUUGCAGGCUCUGGGGCGAUAUCGCCUGUCAGUCGGUGGGUCGGUCUUCCCGCCGGCCUUCCCCCUCCCGGUUCUCCGCGGGAGGCGCGGUGGAGUCCGCCCCCGGGAUCCCCCGAUGGGGGAGAAGCGGCGACGGCGGCAGCGGAAUAACCGAGCCGGAGCGUGAGCGGCCCCGGGGCCCCGUUCCCGGCGGAGGCCAUGGGCGACCCAGCCCCCGCCCGCAGCCUGGACGACAUCGACCUGUCCGCCCUGCGGGACCCUGCUGGAAUCUUUGAGCUGGUGGAGGUGGUCGGCAAUGGAACCUACGGGCAGGUGUACAAGGGUCGGCAUGUCAAGACCGGGCAGCUGGCUGCCAUCAAGGUCAUGGAUGUCACGGAGGAUGAGGAGGAAGAGAUCAAGCAGGAGAUCAACAUGUUGAAAAAAUACUCUCACCACCGCAACAUCGCCACCUACUACGGGGCCUUCAUCAAGAAGAGCCCCCCUGGGAACGACGACCAGCUCUGGCUGGUGAUGGAGUUCUGUGGUGCUGGUUCUGUGACAGACCUGGUGAAGAACACGAAAGGGAACGCCCUGAAGGAGGACUGUAUCGCCUACAUCUGCAGGGAGAUUCUCCGGGGUCUGGCCCAUCUCCACGCCCACAAGGUGAUCCACCGAGACAUCAAGGGGCAGAAUGUGCUACUGACAGAGAAUGCCGAGGUCAAGCUAGUGGAUUUCGGGGUGAGCGCGCAGCUGGACCGCACCGUGGGCAGGCGGAACACUUUCAUCGGGACCCCCUACUGGAUGGCCCCCGAGGUCAUCGCUUGCGAUGAGAACCCUGAUGCCACCUACGAUUACAGGAGUGACAUUUGGUCUUUAGGAAUCACAGCCAUCGAGAUGGCAGAGGGAGCCCCCCCUCUGUGUGACAUGCACCCCAUGCGAGCCCUCUUCCUCAUCCCCCGGAACCCGCCACCCAGGCUCAAGUCCAAGAAAUGGUCUAAGAAGUUCAUCGACUUCAUUGACACGUGUCUCAUCAAGACUUACCUGAGCCGCCCACCGACGGAGCAGCUGCUCAAGUUCCCGUUCAUCCGCGACCAGCCCACCGAGCGGCAGGUCCGCAUCCAGCUCAAGGACCACAUCGACCGAUCCCGGAAGAAACGAGGCGAGAAAGAGGAGACAGAAUAUGAGUACAGUGGCAGCGAAGAGGAAGACGACAGCCAUGGAGAGGAAGGAGAGCCAAGCUCCAUCAUGAAUGUGCCGGGGGAGUCGACCCUCCGCCGGGAAUUCCUCCGGCUCCAGCAGGAGAACAAGAGCAACUCUGAGGCUUUAAAGCAGCAGCAGCAGCUGCAGCAGCAGCAACAGCGAGACCCAGAGGCGCACAUCAAGCACCUGCUGCACCAGCGGCAGCGACGCAUAGAGGAGCAGAAGGAAGAGCGGCGGCGGGUUGAGGAGCAACAGCGGCGGGAGCGAGAGCAGCGGAAGCUGCAGGAGAAGGAGCAGCAGCGGCGGCGCGAGGACAUGCAGGCCCUGCGGCGGGAGGAGGAGAGGCGGCAGGCUGAGCGGGAGCAGGAGUAUAUCCGUCACAGGCUAGAGGAGGAGCAGCGACAGCUCGAGAUCCUUCAGCAACAGCUGCUCCAGGAACAGGCCCUACUGCUGGAAUACAAGAGGAAGCAGCUGGAGGAGCAGCGGCAGUCGGAGCGCCUGCAGAGGCAGCUGCAGCAGGAGCACGCCUACCUCAAGUCCCUGCAGCAGCAACAGCAGCAGAUCCUGCCCGGGGACAGGAAGCCCCUGUAUCAUUACGGUCGGGGCAUUAACCCUGCUGACAAACCGGCCUGGGCCCGAGAGGUAGAAGAGAGAACGAGGAUGAACAAGCAGCAGAACUCUCCCUUGGCCAAGACCAAGCCAGGCAGCACAGGGCCUGAGCCCCCCGUCCCCCAGGCCUCCCCUGGGCCCCCAGGACCCCUUUCCCAAACUCCUCCUAUGCAGAGGCCGGUGGAGCCCCAGGAGGGACCACACAAGAGCCUGGUGGCACACCGGGUCCCACUGAAGCCAUAUGCAGCGCCUGUACCCCGAUCCCAGUCCCUGCAGGACCAGCCCACCCGAAACCUGGCUGCCUUCCCAGCCUCACACGACCCCGACCCCGCCGUGCCCGCACCCACUGCCACGCCUAGUGCCCGAGGAGGCGUCGUCCGCCAGAACUCAGACCCCACUUCCGAAGGGCCUGGCCCCAGCCCGAACCCCCCAGCCUGGGUCCGGCCUGAUAAUGAGGCCCCUCCCAAGGUGCCUCAGAGGACCUCAUCUAUCGCCACUGCCCUUAACACCAGUGGGGCUGGAGGGUCCCGGCCAGCCCAGGCUGUCCGUGCCAGACCUCGCAGCAACUCCGCCUGGCAAAUCUAUCUGCAAAGGCGGGCAGAGCGGGGCAACCCCAAGCCUCCAGGGCCCCCUGCUCAGCCCCCUGGCCCGCCCAACGCUUGUAGUAAUCCUGACCUCAGGAGGAGCGACCCUGGCUGGGAGCGCUCGGACAGCGUCCUCCCCGCCUCUCACGGGCACCUCCCCCAGGCUGGCUCACUGGAGCGGAACCGGGUGGGAGCCUCCAAACUGGACAGCUCCCCCGUGCUCUCCCCUGGGAGCAAAGCCAAGCCCGAUGACCACCGCUCGCGGCCAGGCCGGCCCGCAAGCUAUAAGCGAGCCAUUGGUGAGGAUUUUGUGUUGCUGAAAGAGCGGACCCUGGACGAGGCCCCCCGGCCUCCCAAGAAGGCCAUGGACUACUCGUCGUCCAGCGAGGAGGUGGAGAGCAGCGAGGACGACGAGGAGGAGAGCAACGGCGAACCGUCGGAGGGGAGCAGAGAUACCCCUGGGGGCCGCAGCGAUGGAGACACAGACAGUGUCAGCACAAUGGUGGUCCAUGACGUGGAGGAGAUAGCCGGGACCCAGACCCCCUAUGGGGGUGGCACCAUGGUGGUCCAGCGCACCCCUGAAGAGGAGCGAAGCCUGCUGCAUGCUGAUAGCAACGGUUACACGAACCUGCCAGAUGUGGUCCAGCCCAGCCACUCGCCCACCGAGAGCAGCAAAGGUCAAAGCCCCCCCUUGAAGGAUGGAGGCAGUGAUUACCAGUCUCGUGGGCUGGUAAAGGCCCCUGGCAAGAGCUCGUUCACGAUGUUUGUGGACCUGGGGAUCUACCAGCCUGGAGGCAGUGGGGACACCAUCCCCAUCACAGCCCUGGUGGGUGGAGAGGGCAGUCGGCUCGAUCAGCUGCAGUAUGACGUGAGGAAAGGCUCUGUGGUCAACGUGAACCCCACCAACACCCGGGCCCACAGCGAAACCCCCGAGAUUCGGAAGUACAAGAAGCGGUUCAAUUCCGAGAUCCUCUGUGCGGCCCUUUGGGGGGUCAACCUGCUGGUGGGCACGGAGAACGGGCUGAUGUUGCUAGACCGAAGUGGGCAGGGCAAGGUGUAUGGACUCAUCGGGCGGCGACGCUUCCAGCAAAUGGAUGUGCUGGAGGGACUCAACUUGCUCAUCACCAUCUCAGGGAAAAGGAACAAACUGCGGGUAUAUUAUUUGUCCUGGCUCCGGAACAAGAUCCUGCACAAUGACCCAGAAGUGGAGAAGAAGCAGGGCUGGACCACUGUGGGGGACAUGGAGGGCUGCGGGCACUACCGUGUUGUGAAAUAUGAACGCAUCAAAUUCCUGGUCAUCGCCCUGAAGAACUCUGUGGAGGUGUAUGCUUGGGCCCCCAAACCUUACCACAAAUUCAUGGCUUUCAAGUCCUUUGCUGACCUCCCACACCGCCCUUUGCUGGUGGACCUGACGGUAGAGGAGGGACAGAGGCUCAAGGUCAUCUAUGGCUCCAGCGCCGGCUUCCAUGCUGUGGAUGUCGACUCGGGGAACAGCUAUGACAUCUACAUCCCUGUGCACAUCCAGAGCCAGAUCACGCCCCACGCCAUCAUCUUUCUCCCCAACACGGAUGGCAUGGAGAUGCUGCUGUGCUACGAGGAUGAGGGCGUCUAUGUCAACACGUAUGGGCGGAUCAUUAAGGACGUGGUGCUGCAGUGGGGAGAGAUGCCCACCUCUGUGGCCUAUAUCUGCUCCAACCAGAUCAUGGGCUGGGGUGAGAAAGCCAUUGAGAUCCGCUCCGUGGAGACGGGCCACCUAGACGGGGUCUUCAUGCACAAACGAGCCCAGAGGCUCAAGUUCCUGUGUGAGCGGAAUGACAAGGUGUUUUUUGCCUCAGUCCGCUCCGGGGGCAGCAGCCAAGUUUACUUCAUGACCCUGAACCGUAACUGCAUCAUGAACUGGUGACGGGGCCCUGGACGGGGCUGUCCCGCGUGGACCAGCUCUCCCCCCCCACACCCAGACUCCCCGGGCCGCCCUUCUUUUCCCUCCCUGGGCUUUGCUUUUACUGGUUUGAUUCACUGGAGCCUGCUGGGAACGUGACCUCUGACCCCUGAUGCUUUUGUGAUCACGUGACCAUCCUCUUCCCCAACAUGUUCUCUCCCCAAAACUGUGCCUGUCCCAACUUCCGGGGAGAGGCACAGCUUCCCCUUACCAGGAAUUGAGUGGGCCUAGCCCCACCCCCCCUUCUCCACUUAAGAGGAGAGUGCUUGGGGCUUGGACCCCAUACCCCACUGCUGCUGACUCGGCAGGGCCCUGGGCCCCUUUAUUUGCACGUCAGGGGAGCCGGCUCCCCCCUUGAAUGUACCAGACCCUGGGGGGGGUCACUGGGCCCUAGGUUUUAGGGGGGUCACCAGCCACUCCAGGGGCAGGGACCAUUUCCUCAUUUUCUGAAAGCACUUUAAUGAUUCCCCUCCCCCCAAACCCCAGGGAAUGGAGGGGGGACCCCGCCAGCCAAAACAUUUACCCCUUUCCAACCCCUGUCUCUUGUAGCCUCUGCCCUUCCCUGGUGGAGGGAGGGAGCAGGGAGCUCUCACCCUCCAUGCCCCCUUGCUUGCAUCUGUAUAUAGUGUGAGCAGCGAGUAGCCCCGGCCCCUCCCUGCCCCCACCACUCCCCAAUGUAGUGGCCUUGGAGAUCUCCGUUUGUUAAUAAAGACCAUUCAACCAGC